UUCCUGUCACAGAUCGGCUACUGCCCUCAGUUUGAUGCUAUCAAUAAGCUGUUGACAGGCAAGGAGAUGCUCAGAGUGUAUGCUCUGCUGCGAGGUGUUCCUUUAUCUCUCUGCGAUUUUGAAAUCUCCAAGUGGAUUAAUAUGAUGGGUUUGAAGGAGUAUGCUGACCGGCCAUGUGGAACAUAUAGUGGUGGCAACAAACGCAAGCUGAGCACUGCAAUGGCUUUCAUAGGAGAGCCUCCAGUAGUUGUUCUGGAUGAACCCACUUCUGGAGUAGAUCCUGUGUCCAGGCGUAAACUGUGGGAAGUUGUAUCCAAGUGUCAACAAGCCGGACAGGCCAUAGUCCUCACUUCUCACAGCAUGGAGGAGUGUGAGGCAUUGUGCUCUCGACUGACGAUCAUGGUGGCUGGGCACAUGAAGUGUAUCGGCACUCCGGAAUACCUGAAGCACAAGUUCGGGCAAGGCUUCACCAUCAAGAUCAAACUGCGCUCUUCACAGAGGAGUGAUGUGUUGGGAGCUCUGAAACAAGACAUGAUGCUUGCCUUCAGAGUGUGCUCUAUCAAAGACGAACAUUUGGGACUUCUGCACUACCACGUCCCAGAUGCACAGAUCCCGUUGUCACUGCUAUUCUCAAAGAUGGAGGGAUUGAAGCAAAGACAUGAUAUCAUCGACGACUACAACAUCAGUGACACCAGCCUUGAACAAGUCUUUAUGCAUUUUGCCCGGGCACAGACAAAAGCCGAAGUUUGAUACAAUGUAAUAUUGUGUGCUAUACAUAUUUAUUUGUAACAAGUUAUUUUUUUUACAGUAUAACAUUUUAAAAUAUUAAUCUAGUGAUUAAUUUCUUGUCUAUCUCCAUACCAAUAUCCUUCAAUCUUGUGAGAUGCUAUUGCAAAAUACAGUGGAUAAAUUUAUUUCUAAGGCUGAUUUAUGUAAAAUAAAAACACUUUAAAAUUUG